CACUGAAAAGACUCGCUCGCACAGAUCUGUGCAGCCUUCACCCUCUUCCUCACUCUUCGUCUCCGGCUGGCAUUCGAGCCCAGCUUCGAAGGCCAGGUCUUCUCCGGAGUGGGAGCAUAUCUCACCUCCGUCCCGCCGUCGUCCUCCUCGGCAUGAGCGGUUUCCUGGCCCUAGCCGGCAAGAUUGGCAGCUUCCUGCUGUGGGUGCUCUUCCUCAUCCUGCAGACGGCCACCAAGGUCGUCGGCAGCCUCCUGGUCGCACCGCCAGCCGAGCCACAACAAGAACCACGACAAGAAGCGGCUCGUCGGCAUAGAUCACCUCCGGCAGGGGCGCACGGCAGCGGCGGCCCCGCAGACCCAUACGAGCCGCAGCCGCAGCCGCAGCUGUGGGACCCUCCGCCGUCGCCCUACUCCGCUCCGGUGACGGAUGAGUAUUCCUUGUCCUCGAUCCACAGGCGGCGGGCGAGCGCCCCGCCGGCUUCUGAGGAUUUAGUGGUUUCCUCCAGUGGCUACUCUCGUUCGGGCGUAGCAGCGGUACCGGCGGCUCCGCCUCAUGCCGUCUCACUGCCUCCAAUGCUGCGGACAAUAAAGACCCCGGUGUCGAUCGCCGGAAACCUGCCCAAGCUGGAGAGGAAGUACUCCAAGAUUGUGGACCAGUACCGCUCCUUGGAUGAGGUUAUUGAAGCAUUAGCGCAAGCUGGUCUCGAGUCUUCCAAUUUAAUCAUUGGGAUUGAUUUCACAAAGAGUAAUGAAUGGACAGGAAAGAGUUCAUUCAAUGGUAUGAGCCUGCAUCAUAUUGGUGAUGUCAGAAAUCCUUAUGAGCAGGCAAUCUCCAUCAUUGGACAGACAUUGUCAGCUUUUGACGAGGAUAACUUAAUUCCUUGCUAUGGUUUUGGAGAUGCAUCUACACAUGACCAAGAUGUAUUUGCCUUCUAUCCCGACGAGAGGCCAUGCAAUGGUUUUCAAGAGGCUUUGGGUCGAUAUAGAGAAAUUGUUCCUCAUCUUCGUCUUUCUGGUCCUACAUCAUUUUCUCCAAUAAUUGAAAUGGCCACAACCAUUGUUGAGCAAAGUGGUGGCCAGUACCAUGUUUUAGUAAUAAUCGCUGAUGGACAGGUUACACGUAGUGUGAAUACUGAACUUGGCCAAUUAAGUAGCCAAGAGCAGAUGACUGUUGAUGCUAUUGUGCAAGCCAGUGAAUUUCCCUUGUCUAUAGUUUUGGUCGGAGUUGGAGAUGGUCCUUGGGAUAUGAUGAAAGAAUUUGAUGAUAACAUUCCCGCUAGAUCUUUUGACAAUUUCCAGUUUGUCGACUUCACUAGAAUCCUGUCAAAAAAGACCAGUCAAGGCAACAAGGAGACAGAGUUUGCCCUUUCAGCACUCAUGGAAAUUCCUUUGCAGUACAAGGCAACGUUACAGCUUGGAAUACUAGGGCGACGAAUCGCAAAGUCUCCCGAGCGGGUUCCACUUCCUCCUCCUUUUGCAAGUUAUAAUAUCUCAAGGGCAGGACCAUCUGGGGCAAAUAGCUUCCAAAGUGUGCCUUCUCAUCCUAGAGAAGAGGCAACUGUUGAUUCGACAACCACACCAUCAGUUACAUCCCGGCCAGCUGCAGAGACAAGAGCAUCAGAACUACAACUUUGCCCAGUUUGUCUUUCCAAACCACGGGACAUGGCAUUUGGUUGUGGUCAUCAGACUUGUUCAGAGUGCGGACCGCAGGUUGCAGAUUGCCCCGUCUGUCGAAGGCCAAUUGAUACAAGAGUAAAACUAUAUUAGCAACUUCCUAUGCCUAACUAGGUUUGAUUGAAGUACCUGCAUGCUGGAAGUUAUAAUCCAUGGAAAAGAAAAGAAUACCGCUAUACUUGUUGUAAUGUACAUAUGUUUAAUAAAGCUAACUGUGAAGGAGGAAAAUAACAAUUCUGUA